AUGUCUACCGCUGAGCUUGCGACGUCCUACGCGGCGCUGAUCCUCGCCGACGACGGUGUUGAGAUCACUGCCGACAAGAUCAACACCCUCAUCAAGGCCGCUGGCGUCACUGAGGUCGAGCCCAUCUGGGCCUCCCUUUUCGCCAAGGCUCUUGAGGGCAAGGACGUGAAGGACCUCCUCUCUGCCGUCGGCUCCGGCGGUGGUGCUGCCGCUGCCCCUGCGGCCGGUGGUGCGGCUGCUGCUGCUGCUGCUCCCGCCGAGGAGGCCAAGGAGGAGAAGAAGGAGGAGGAGAAGGAGGAGUCGGACGAGGACAUGGGCUUCGGUCUCUUCGACUAA